UAGUCCACCCCCAUCCACACACACGCACCGACACACACACACACACACACACACACACACACAUACCAUGUUAUCACACAUUCCUCUGCAGUGUGUUACUGUGACACACUCAGCUCUAAAUAUAAACUGCAUCACAGAUUCCUUCAUUGAACAGACAACAGACUGAUGUUGUUGCUAUGGCAACAGCAUCAGUAUGUGAUGUCAUGACAACAAUCAGCAACAACCUGUCUUUAAUGACAAUGAGACUGAAAUGUUUUAACCUGCACAGACAGAACCAGACCAGAUGAGAUCCAGUUCUCCUACCAGUCAGCAAAGAUCCUGUUUGGCCUCAAGUGUUAUGGUACCAGGUCUACUUAUCAACCCCUUAUACUCCAGUAUGGUUCAGACCAGGACCUUCCUCCAGGAGUAGGGUUAGGGUUAGCCCCCAGUACCCCCAGAGCCUAUCCCAGCAGGUGGGGAGCCCCUGUGGCAGCAGCUCCAUGUAGGUCUUUUGGACUGUACCCGACCGGGCCUCAUGGGUCAGGACCCACCUACCAGAGUCUUCUCGGCGAGAUCCCCUGCCUGGUCUGGUUCCAGGAAGGGGUCCUGGUCCUGGUCCUGGCCUGCAGCCUCGUCUGUCAAUCACCUCCUAAAAUAGAAAGCUGCAGCCUGACACCAACUCUCUCUCUCUCUGUUUUCCUCUAUGUCUCUCGACCAUCCCCUCUCUCUCUCUGGACCUGCAGUCUGUCAGCAACACUCAUCCUUCCUCUACCACCCUCUCUCUCUCAGUUUAUCUGAAUCUCUCUCUCUCUCUCUCUCUCUCAGUCAGCGUCAAUCGCUCUGACACUGAGCUUGUGUUGAUCUGAGUUUAAACUGAAAGAAACAAGAGCACACAGACCACUCUGGGACCAGAACUUCCUCCAAACCGGUUCUCAUGGAACAGAAAACAGAAGAAUUCUGGGUAAACUGACAACCAUGAAACGUCCCUUUAAAGUUUGACUUUAAACCUAAAAUACAAGAGACCAAAUCCUUCAACUGGACCAAAGACCUGGAUUGAACCUGGUCCUGGACUCUAACCAACCAACCUUAGAUUAAAGGAACCAGAACCAGGAAUCAUCUCUAUAAGAAGUCUGAACCUGUAUCUUUGACAGGUGGCUCUGGUCCUGAUCAGAUCAUCAUUCAGUGAAAUCGUUGGAGGUAGGUUCAUCGACACCGCAGUGAGUCUCAUCAUUGAAGUCUCCAACAUGUCGACCACCAGUGGCUGAGUCCAGGUUCUUCUGCUUCACGCUGUAGAAGGAAGCGUUUGGAUGAACAUGAAUAUUCAGCCACUCGUCAUGUGUGAUUACAAGAAGAAAACUUCUAACUUCUAAAAUCACAUUUUCUCCAGAGAGACGAUUAAAGAGAAACAGCAAACUAUGAACAGCAGAAUGGACCGAGGAGGAGGAGGAGGAGGAGGAAGGAGGAAGGUCUUCCUUAGUGCUCACCACUGCCCUGAAGUUGACCUGCUGCCAUAUCACGACUCUGAGACACGAAUCCCUCCCUCGUGUUCGCUAGUUCCUGCAGAGAAGAGCCCUGAGUUCACCUGUACAGCUCAAUCAGAGGCUAAUUACCUGGAUUUCUCCUCCACCUGUCGCUCGGAGGAAGAGGAAGAGGGCAGUAUAAGCGACUGGUCGGAGGAGGAUCUCUCCCUCCAUUUCUCUCCAUCUGUCAUCCUCCCAUCAGACGAUGAGUCAGAUCCAGAGUGUGCAUUCAAGUGUGUCGACGUUACAGUGGAAACAAAGGUGGCAGGUCAGGAGGGGGAGGGUCUGAAGAUGGUCCCAAAACGACAGAUACAUCUGAAGAAGAAGAAAGACACAGAGAACAUCAAUGACCAGGAGAAACUGCAGGUGAUACUGAAGGAUGGACCUGCUGAAGGGGGAGGAGCUAACAAUGAGGCGUCAGCUAAUGAGCUGUUCUGUCCAAUUGUCCAUCACCGCCCUGAUCCAUUGCUGCGACAGCACAGUAUGCCCGCUUCCUUCUGCACGCGCCUGACAAACAGCAGUGAUGUUGACAGCUACAGGGUCUACAGGGGCCUGGUUGCAGGGGCCUGCCAAGGGUUUCAGGUCGGAGGAAGCUCUGAGGCACCAAGACGUCUGCAGAAAUCUUUCUCUCUGGAUGAAACGAAAACAAAGAUGGCAUCUUGCAUCAUUAAGAGCGUCCUCUUCAAGAAGAUGCAGGUGGAGCAGAGCAACACUAAAACUUCACACUUGAAGAAGAAACCUGAGAUCUUACCUGCCCUUCCCCCACCUGCAGACCAGCAGACAGUGAGGGAGGGGGGUGGGGCAGGUGGAGGAGUGUGUAAAGCUCCCGUUCACACAGUGAGAGAUGUGAGGAGUUUAGUGAAAAACACCUACAACCUCUCAUUCUCCACGGCAAAAACACCUGCCAACUACAAACCAACAAGCUUCAAGGUGAUCGGUCAGGAGGACAGUCCCCCCCCCACCUACCAACAGGCUGUGGGGGUCAAGGGUCAGAAGACCAACUCAUCCAGGGGGCACGUCGCCAAGGUCGCUGCAUCUCUCAGCCAAUCACAUGACAGGAAACACAGUGACACACUGAGUCGUCCAAUGACACAGGAGAGACGAGACAGCAAACUAAUCACAAGCAGAAGGAAGGUGGAUGAUGUCACCUGGCCUGCCAUGCUACCUGACCCGCCCACCAUCCCACCUGUCAGUCAAUCAGAAAGAACCAGAGGUGCGAGUCACCUGGCUGGGGCCUCCCUCCCCACUCCUCCCACAAACACCGCCGGGGGACCCAGUCUCCGCUCUCUGCCAAGGAACGGUGCUCCCUCCUGGGUGUGUCCUGUCAGUCUGCCCCCGCCCCCCCCCAGCAGUUCCUCCACUCCUGUUUCUACACCCCUCCCCGCCCUGCACCCUCACCUGGGGAAGGUCAGUUACAUCCACAGCCCCAUGAACUACAUCCAGAUCCAGUUGCAGCCCCCCCCACCUGCUCCCACCCUUCACCUGCUGAGGCAGUCUGAGGAGAACCAGAACAGGUCGACUGGAAACACUUCGGACCAGCGGGACUGCUUUACUAAGCCCCGCCCCCCUCAGCAGACCAGUACUACAGGAGACCAGGAGGGGCACGGCGACACGGUGAUGGAGCAGCAGCCGUUUCUGUGCAGCGUUCAGGGUUUCUUACCUGCACAGGUGAGUAGUAACUUCCUCGUGGACUUCACUGGUUCUGCUGUACCAUCUGGAGCCCUCCUCAGUGGCCCCACCCCCUGUAAUGUGAUGGUAGAGCCUAAAAGUGGGCAGUGCUACUAUGUGGACACGCCCCCACAGCCUCAGAGGAAGAUGCUGCUGGAUCCAGAAACUGGUCAGUUCAUCCAAGUGUUCCUUCCUGGAGCCGGCCCCACCCCCAACACCACUGUGUACCCUGUGUGCUGUGCUAACCCCGCCCCCACUGUAAUGAACCCCGCCCCCACAAUGCUACAGAUGAGCAGUGCUAACCCCAGCAUUGUCUCAGUGAUGCGGUUCCAGCCGACCAUAGCCUUCACCUCUCUUUACGCCCCCCCUUGCCUCCCCCUCACCCUGCACAUACCAUCAGGUAACUUCACACAUACAGCGCCAUGAUGAC